GAGAGAGAUAUAUAUAUAUAUAUAGAGAGAGAGAGAGAGAUAUGGGAGAAAAUGGGAAGCCAUUGAUACAAUCAUUUGCCAUGAACGGAGGAGACGGCCCCAAUAGCUACACCAAAAACUCUGCUUAUCAGAGAGGAGUAGUUGAUGCUGCUAAAGAGAUGAUUGAUGGAGCCAUCUUAGAGAAACUCGACUUGAAAAGCUUUUGUCUCGGUAAUAUAUUUCGAAUAGCUGAUUUGGGAUGUUCUAUCGGACCUAAUACAUUUAUCGCAGUACAAAAUAUCAUAGAUGCUAUAGAACAAAAAUACAAAGCUGAAAACCAAACCCAUAACCUAAACCUUGAGCUUCAAGUCUUCUUCAACGAUACUGUUGAAAACGACUUCAACACUCUAUUCAAGUCUCUCCCUCCUUCUCGCCAAUACUUUGCAGCCGGAGUGCCAGGUUCUUUUUACGACCACUUGUUUCCGAAAUCGAGCAUCCAUUUAGCUCAUCUCUCUUUUGCAUUGCACUGGCUGUCUGAGUUGCCAAAAGAAGUUGUCGAUACGAAAUCUCCAGCAUGGAACAAAGGUAGCAUUCAAUGCACCGGUUAUGUGAAAGAAGUAGCCGAUGCAUACGCAUCUCAAUUCAAGAAUGAUAUGAGAACAUUUUUAGAUGCUAGAGCUGAUGAAAUUGUUCCCGGAGGAUUCUUAAUAAUUUUAGCGGCAGCUUUACCAGAUGGUGUGCUUAUGUCUCAAACUGUGAUGGGCAUGCAUCAUGAUCUCCUUGCUUCUUGCCUCUACGACAUGGCUAAGCUGGGACUAAUCGAAGAAGACAAAGUGGAUUCGUUCAACCUGUCUUCGUAUUUCCCUCAUGUUAGCGAGUUGAAGGAGUUGAUAGACGAAAAUGAAUAUUUUAAGAACGAGAAAAUGGAGAUUUUGAACAAUCCAUGGAGCUUCGAAUUACAGACUGUCGAAACUGUUUUCUCUCAAAUAAGAGCUGUUAUGGAAGGAAUCAUCAACGACCACUUUGGAAAUAUGAUUAAUAUGGAUAAUUUAUUUGAAAAUUUCUGUCACAAGCUGGCCGAGCAUCGUUUGACAUGCGACCAAAAAUUCUGCAAGAAUACUGAAUUGUUUAUCCUGCUGGAGCGAAAAAAAUUCAAUUGAAAACUA